AUGCUUACGAAACUACAGAAUAUUUGCAAUUUUGUUGUACACGACCGAUGCCUGAAGACUGUGGUCUCUCCGUGCUCUACGGUUGCCUCAAAUGUUAUCAAAAAUCCUGUACCUCACUGUUGGUCAGAUUGCGGUCAUUUGAAACGGAAAUUCUGUAAUGUUUGCCGUAAACGCAUUGAGGAUCAGAGCGCUGUUAGGUGUGAAGUAUGCGAAUAUUGUGUUCAUUUAGAUUGCCAUGACUUCAGCGUUUCUGACUGUAAGGAAUGUGCCACUUAUGUUCCUGACCAAGAAUUGCUACAAGUAGUCCAAAGCCAUCACUGGAGGGAAGGCAACCUUCCGGCCAAUUCUAAGUGUCAUUAUUGCAAAAAGACGUGUUGGUCUACAGAGUGUUUGGCGGGCAUGCGAUGCGAGUGGUGCGGCUCUACCGUACGUAUACCAUAUACACCAUAUUCAGUCACCUUAUGUCUCAACCAUACACUCAUGCCAUGUGUGCAUGUAUUACAGGCCCACGCCGUGUGUUACCGUCAUUUAUCGCCGGAAUGCACUUUCGGUUGGUUGCAGUCAAUAAUGUUACCACCUUUUUGUGUAAGCAUUCCCAGGACUGACGUUCCCUUAGAGACCAUUAUUGGGGUCCAGAAUAGGAAAAAGGAAACCAAUUCACAGACCAUUAUUGGGGUCCAGAAUAGGAAAAAGGAAACCAAUUCACCUCGGAGCGCUUCUGAAGAAUUCUCUUCCGGUUCCGACAUAAGAAGCAAAGACGGCGACGACUAUCCGUCGCCUAAAGACAAAGAUAAAGAUGAAGGCAUUUAA